GUCUUCCUCUUCCAUAGCCGCCAUCCAAGUCUUCCUUCGAUUUUCUAUGCUUCCAAUCACCUCCUUCCUCCCUAAAAAUUAACCAAAAAGUCUCAUCCAAUCUCAAAAUCCGAAUCGGUCUCCGAUCCGAGUUCGAAUCCUGCCGCUCUCUUUUUUCCAGAAAUUGAAUCCGGUUAGGGCUUUUCGUUAUGGAGAGGAUUAUCGGAGGCAAGUUCAAGCUAGGUCGAAAAAUCGGGAGCGGUUCCUUUGGUGAAAUUUACCUCGCUACUCAUAUGGAGACUGGAGAGACCUUGGCGGCCAAGAUUGAAAGUAAUAAGACGAAGCAUUUACAGCUUAUGUACGAGGCCAAGCUGUAUAAAAUUCUACAGGGAGGAAGUGGCAUUGCAAGCAUGAAGUGGGCGGGGUUUGAUCAUGACGAUAAUGUUGUGAUCAUAGACUUGUUGGGGCCGAGUCUUGAAGACUUAUUUGUAUACUGUGGGAGGAAGUUUUCUCUGAAAACAGUUUUAAUGUUGGCCGAACAGAUGAUUACAAGAAUAGAGUACGUGCAUUCGAAAGGGUUUUUGCAUAGGGACAUCAAACCUGACAAUUAUCUCAUGGGUCUUGGCAGGAAAGCAAAUCAGGUUUACAUCAUUGAUUUUGGACUGGCGAAAAGAUAUCGAGACCCAACUACAAAUCGGCAUAUUCCAUACAGAGAAAACAAAAGCUUAACAGGAACUGCACGAUAUGCUAGUUGCAAUACCCAUUUGGGAAUCGAUCAGAGUCGUCGGGAUGAUUUAGAGUCACUUGGCUAUGUUCUUCUGUAUUUCCUAAGAGGAAGCCUUCCUUGGCAGGGUCUAAAAGCUGCAACAAAGAAGCAAAAAUAUGAUAAGAUUUGUGAGAAGAAGUUAUCAACUCCCAUUGAGGUGCUAUGUAAGUCUCAUCCUGUGGAGUUUGCAUCCUACUUCCACUAUUGCCAUUCCUUGACAUUUGAUCAACGUCCGGAUUAUGCAUUCUUGAAGCGUCUGUUUCGUGACUUAUUUAAACGCGAAGGAUUUGAGUUUGAUUAUGUAUUUGACUGGACAAUCCUAAAAUACCAGCAGGCGCAACAAACAAGGGGUCAUGGUCAAUCAGCUCCAGCUGUAACGACCAAUGGUCAAGGAGUGACUAGCAAUCGAGCAAUGCCUAUGGAGGUGAGGAAUCAAGGAGUUGAUGAUGUUUCUAGACAAGCAGUGGCUCCAGAACCUCAAAGAUCAAGUCAUCUUGCUCAUAUUCACAGGCCAUUUACAUCAUCUGCAGUUCCUAAUUCGGGUGCUAAUAAAUCUAUUGAAAAACAUAAUAAGGGCAAUGCUCUCAAAAGAAAUUUACCAAAACCAGAGGGGCCAGCUGAAAUUGCUGAUGUAGGUCGCCAACAUGGUGCUUCAAGCAGUUGGAUGCCAACUCUAGCUCGAAGCUUUCAAUCAAAGUAAAAGCUACAGAUGUAAAAGAAUUUUCUCGGAGCAUGCAUCUUGCUGUAGCAAAUGUAAUGAAUUUUGGAUUGCUUGCUUGCCAACUUGGCAUAUCUACCUGAAAAAUGUCUGGCAAAACAUGACCACACUAGAUGCAGUAGGACUUCACCUACAAAGCUUGGAGUUUUCAUGUGCAUAGGUGGAAAAGAUUGACAAGCCUCUUGAAUGUUGUGUGGAUGACGUGUAAAGUUUGUUUUCCAAAUUUAAUUUGAUAAAGAUCAUAAUUUUUUUUUUCACAGUAUAGUUUGGUGACCAUGUAUCUUAUUCAAUUCAGGAUUGAGUUGCUUUCUGUUCUUAUUGCUGUAACAUUUUGGGAUGAAAGCCCUGGAUGUUCACCUGGAUGAAGUUUCGAGUUUGAACCUUAGGUACCCAGGUCCUUCAGAAUCUGGAAAAGUGUAAACUAGUAUUUCAGGUAUAUUCUCAUGGUUUCCACAGAAAUCAUUCUUAUUUAAUAUCUAGUUUGUAUUAUUGACAUUAC